UGUGUGCCUGACAGUAUAUAGAGUUUAGAAGCAGAAUUCUGUAAUGGCUGCUAACUUGAAGAGUGCAGAAUCAGUAUGUAUCUGUUUAUCAAGUUGUGUCUGUACAUCUGGUCUGUGCUGAAGAGUGUUACAUAUUGAACUGCAAAAUACCCAUGACCUGCUGUGAUGUGUUCCUGUGGUUCACCCUGUGGGAGCAGACGUUUAAACAUGCAGAGCAAGAUAUAACAGAGUAAAAGACCGAAGAAAGUUUUUGUCUAGCAAGGGAACGAAACUUAGUGUGACAUACAAAUAUACAGUAUCUACACACAGGGAUCUAGGAGGUUUGGAUCAAGGAACUAAACUGGACAAGGCACCACAGGAAGAACUGUAAGAGGGGGCGGCCCCGGAGCCUCCUCCUUUGUCUGUUUUAGGGCGGUCGGCUGCCUGCCAGAGGGGGAUGAUUUCGAGUCUCCGGAAAUGAUGAAAAUAAGGAUUGAAAACGAGAGAGAAGAGUGAGUGAGCGAAAUAAAAAGUUUCUUCUCCAAGUGCCUGCUGCAGAAUUGUCUUUGGUUACAUUUUUAUUUCUUGUGGAGAGACCUGGCAGAUGUCCCAAGUGAGAGAACCCUUUCUUCCAGGGCCUGUAGGGCCUGAACAUGAUACUUCAGCUGAAGACAGCCUCUUGAUCUCCCUCCCCUUGGAAAAAUGUGAAAAAGAAAAUAUGGAAAUGGAAGAUGCCAAUCAGUCGUUCAAUAAUAAAAGUGUGCAGACAGAUUUAGAAGAUAGUGCUAUGAUGGGGAGCAGGGAUGACACCAUAAUCAAAACCCAACCUCAGAGCUUGCCUCAGCCAAAUACUUCAGCACUGGAACAGAGCGAAGAAGAAGCUGGCAAGAUACAAAAUGGUCAUGUAGGUCUGAGUAAUAUCAAUGGAAUCCACAAUGGGGUCAAACAUGUUGCUGCAGAUCACAGAAAGUUAUCAGCUCCCGUUUCUCAAAAAAUGCAUCGGAAGAUCCAGUCCAGCUUAUCUGUAAGCAGUGAUUGCAGCAAAAAGAGCAAAAUUAGUUCCACAUAUUCUCAAAAACCUGGCUCUUCACCAGAAGAGCGGAAUCUUAACUGCUGCAAUUGCUGUGUUCACUGUAUCUUAGCUUGCUUAUUCUGUGAGUUUCUCACACUCUGCAACAUUGUUCUGGGACAAGCAUCCUGUGGAAUAUGUACAUCUGAAGCAUGCUGCUGUUGCUGUGGAGAAGAGAUGGGGGAUGACUGCAACUGCCCUUGUGAUAUGGAUUGUGGAAUAAUGGAUGCCUGUUGUGAAUCUUCAGACUGUUUGGAAAUUUGCAUGGAAUGCUGUGGAAUCUGCUUUCCAUCAUGAAACUAUUACUUCUUUGACAACUGGAGCUUUGGUUUUUUUUUCAGCUGAAAAUGACGUUUAGAUUUUUAGAACUCACCCUGUUUGCACUGCUAUAUAUUUUUAUUUUCUACUUUUUACUGAAGAUCACAUUGAGAUAAGAACAGAUGGGAAAGUAUUUUAUUGCUACUCUUUUUAAUGACUGGAGGUAAAAGUCAAGUAGUGAUACCUACAUAAAGCUUUGUGAACAUUAUACCCAAAGACGUGCUAACCUUCAUAUCAGAUGUUCAGCUGUCUGUGCAAUAAGUGUCAGUCUACAAACAAGGCUAAAGAGGAGUAAAUGUUUGUAUCCUACAGAUGGCCUUGAUAGGAUUGGAUGUUGGAAGUUAUCCUGGAGACAGGGUACAAGAGGAAAGGGUACAAGAUUAGGAGUGUGAUUUUUUUUUCAGUUGUAGAUCCAGUCCCCUUCCACCAUCUUUGGCCUAGAACUUUGAAGUGUCUCCAGGUCAGUCAUUAAUGAUCUAGCCUAGAACAUAUUUUCUGGAGUGUUUUAAUAUCUCCAUUCUUAACGUGAAUUGUAUAUUAACUUAAAAGCAAUAUAAGGUACUGUGCUAUUCAGAUGUCGAUAACUGCUAACUUUAUUUAUAUUGUGUUGUAAAUUGCAAUACAGAGACAUCUAUGUGCCAAAGCUUCAUUUUAUAAACUGUUUUAAAACAUUUGAUCUGCUUAUUCUGAAAUAGAGUAAAUGUAAGCACACAGGUCCUUCACAGAUCAUUAUCUCUGUCCCAUUACUUAUGAAGAUGCUGUGUUGAGUUUUUCUGUACAUCAAUGUCUAUUAAUUACAUGCAGUGUUAGAUAUAGAAAAAAUUCUCUUUGAAACUACAGGGACUUCAAAGAUAUACAUUUUACUUCUUAGUAUGGUUUUCUUAAUAUAUCCUUCUGUAUUUUCACGUGUCUCCCUUUGAAAAUAAUAAAAUAGUAGUAAGGCAUCUAUGAAAUUUGUCUUUGCCAGAAUGAUGUAUUCUGGGAGUUUUGGGUGAGGUGUUUUUUGUUAUGUAAAUGUAAAGAUCUAUAUUGAUUAUUCACAAAGCAGAUCAUGUCUCCGUUUUAUCCUACUAUUGGUUUAGGGAUGAUACAUAUUGGAGAUGUCAAUAUAAUAUAUUUAUCUUACCCAUGUUUGUCUCUUCCCCAGAUCAAAUAUAUUUAAAGCUGUUAUUUACUGUAAUCUUUAGAUUCAUAUGUUCCAUGUAAAAUUAAGCAGUUAUUCAGAAAUAUUAAUUGAAAGGGAUCAUUUUUCUGUCAGAUUGCUUGUAUUAUGCUACUAUUCUGCACUAGAAUUGUUACAUGUAUAAUAUUUAUCUCUGUAGCAGAGAAUAAAAUAUAUGAAGAUACUUUGUUUUAUAUUUAUACUGUGCUUUUUCCUGGAUAAGGUGUGUAAAAUAAAUCAUACAGAACUAACACCUUAGUGAGCAGAAAUACAAUUUUAACAAUGUGAAAUGUAUCUUUAUAUCCAGAUCUACUGGACUCUAACAAAUGGUUAUUUUUUUUUUGUUUUUAUUUUUUCAUACUUUCAAUUAUUUGUCUAACAGCACAACAGACACUAUUUACCUAGACUUUAUUUUGCAUUUUUUUAAACUUUGUUAACUGGAAUUAUGCUAAAC